AUGUUGUUUCUGGACUACCUUCUACUCGCGGCUGGCCUGGUGGCUACCGCGCUGCCUGCAGCCCAGGCAUAUGCCACCAAAAGGUCACAAAUGGUACGAACAGUCGUAACGACUGACAUGGAGCAAGACGACUUAGCUUCCCUGGUCCGCUACCUACUUUACACCAAUGAACUCGAUACCCAGGGCAUCAUAUACACAGCCAGUCGGUAUCACUGGGCCGGCGAUGGCAAUGGUACCAAGUUCUUCUUAGCCGGCAGAGAAUACAAAACCCCCCAGUGGGCAUGGCGUUGGACCGGUACGCGGACCAUUCAGGAUAAAGUCCUGCAGGCGUAUGCUGAUAUUUAUCCCAAUUUGAACUGCCAUGAUCCUUUCUACCCCACGCCGGAUGAGUUAUUGUCAAAGGUCAGAAUAGGCAAUAUUGAUUUUGAGGGCGAAAUGAGUCAUGACACCGACGGUUCGAAUCUUAUUCGUUCACUGUUGCUGGACGAGGACCCACGACCUUUGUACUUGCAGGCAUGGGGUGGGACCAACACUAUCGCUCGUGCGCUGAAGGCAAUCGAGGAACAAUAUUCGAAGUCACGGCAGUGGCAUCAAACUAGAGACACUGUUUCUCACAAGGCUGUCAUAAUGGCCAGUGGCUUCCAGGAUGAGACAUACGCAAACUACAUCGCUCUCCACUGGCCACAGAUUCGAGUUGAGGAGCUCUCGACUGGAUACAAGACUUGGGGAUACAACUGCCAGGGUCAGGGCAAUGUCCGUGGCUAUCCCAACGAUGAAGAGUACUUUUCGGGCGACUGGAUCAAGGCACAUAUUGAGAUAGGUCCAUAUGGGAAGCUCUAUCGUUCUUGGCUGGACGGCCAGUCGAUGCCAGGUGACCCCGAGGAUGUCUUUGGGAAUUUGACAGAGCUGGAGUCGUCAAGUCAAUGGUGCAAGUCCACCGGUUCAUACGACUUUUUGUCCGAGGGAGACAACGUGGUGUACAACCCCUUGUUGACGACCGGCCUCCAGGACCCCGCUAACCCAGCGCUCGGUGGCUGGGGCGGCCGUGCCAUUCAAAACAGCACUUCUCCAAACCUGUGGCAGAUGGUUGAUAGCGAGAAGAAUCAAACCGGCGAUGAGAUUGCCUACUAUACAACGAAUCGUUGGGCUGCCGCUGUCCAGAAUGACUUUGCGGCUCGUAUCCAGUGGACCAUGACUGCGAACUAUACGCGCGCUAACCAUGCGCCAAUGGUUGAGUGUGUGAAUGGAACUGCAGUAAAUGCGCAUCCUGGGCAGACAUUGAUACUAGCGGGUUCAGUUAGCGAUCCGGAUCUCGACAAUGUCACCACAACCUGGUGGCAAUUCUUCGAAGAAGGCACAUACCCUGGGACUGUGACUGUGGCUGACCGUGGCAACCAUACGGCGACCAUUAUGGUCCCUGAAGACGCAAAGGCCGGUCAAACUAUCUCAAUGAUCCUUCAAGGAACUGAUAACGGGCAAUUCCCUUUGACCCGAUAUAGCCGCACUUUUAUCCAUGUAGUCUAA